GUCACUUGCUGAGCUGCGCCGUGAAGAUGGCGGAGGCUGCGGACACACCACAACACCGGUUUUUCUGUCACUGCUGUAAAUGUGAAACUAACCCCAAACUCCCGGUGAGUCGCUGUACUCUGAGAGUACCUUUAUACCUUUAUUCAUUCCACUCGUGCUGCUAUGGGAAUUAUUCAUGAUGUGACCACUAAGGGGGAGCAUACACCGUUUUUCUCAAGUUGACAGAUUGUUUUUUAAGAGUUUGCACUUGUAUUAUAAUGUAUGUGAUCAUUGUGGUACACAUAUGACGGUCAGUUAGUGGUGGUUUGUACGCGUAAAGCACGCGCCUGAAUCUCACAUGCGGGAGAUAGAGAAAGAGGGAGAGAGUCAAAUCUGGCGAUUCACGUUGCCAUAUUUAGAAGCACCACUGCGGGCGACUUUGUGUCCAGUUGUCUCCUGCCAACUGUGUUUGUGAGACGCAAAAAAGGGCUGGCUGACUGGCUGUCACCACAUGCGCCAGUAGCUGCACACAAACAGGGCUUUCUAAAGUGCUGCAUGACACAAAGCUGCACACAGAUGCUUUUAACGUGCACACAAUCUGAUAGGUCUUUGUAUCGUUCACUGUAACCUACUGAUCUAAUCGGGGACGAAUCUCCCCCUACUGCCACAGUUGUGCAGCGAAGAGUCAAGGCACAGAUAUUGUUGUUAUGGGACGAGGCACACGUGUGUUUGCAUGUGCGAAAUACAGUGUGUGAGUGAGAGGGACAGAGUGAAGCUGUACUGUGCAGCCAGAAUUAUGUGGACACGCGUGCAAAGAUCCAUUUGGUUUCUAUUUUUAGAGUGUGUUUUUGAGUUUAGUCUUUAAGUGGAGGAAGAAAGUUUAUUUUUUUUUCAGUUUGGUUAAAAAACAAAGCUAAAGGAAAUAAAACUACUUGAGCACCAUAAAAAAAUCAUUAGGUGUGCUUUUAACUAUGUGGCAAUUGUAAAAGAGAGUCACAGUUUAGUGAGUUAGUUCCCAAGCCUUAGGGGAGAGUGGGUUAAAAUGAGCCAUUUUUCAUAUUUUGGAUCACUUCAUCGAGGCAAUCAUAGUUUUCUCUCUUACUAGUGUAUCUGCAUAUAUUUCAAGGUGUUGUGCAUCCCUGCAAACCCACAGAAUGAGUGUGAACAUAACUGUCUUGAUAAUAUAGCAUGCCAAAAAAAGAGGUCUCCUAUGUUCAACUUACCCCGUAUAUGGGGUCUCCCUAAAUAACAGUCACUUCUUCACACUCGUGUAUUUUUAUCUAUCAUACACUAUUCAACUGGUACAAUAAUUCUUUUUAUUAUUAUUGUAUAUAACUGCUAAAAAGCUGUUUUGUAAAAAGCCAUUUUAACAUGAGAAUGCCUUUAAGUGAUUCAGAACAUUCACAACUGUAUUCUUGAAAAGAGAAAGUAACACCUUUUUAACAAUCUGAACUGAAACUCUGAUCCUCUCAUCAGACUCCUUUACUUUCUCAGUUGGGCCACUGACUCAACUUACCCCAGAACUUCUAUUAUGACUUUAUUAGUCCUCUAAGCGGGCGGCACAGUGGUGUAGUGUUUAGCACUGUCGCCUCACAGCAAGAAGGUCCUGGGUUUGAAUCUGGAUUAGGGCAUUUCUGUGUGGAGUUUGCAUGUUCUCCCUGUGUCUGCGUGGGUUUACUCCGGGUACUCCAGUUUCCUCCCACAUCCCCAAAACAUGCAGAAGUGGGCUUAGGUUAAUUGGCCACUUUCAAAUUGCCUGUAGGUGUGAAUGUGAUCGUGGAUGGUUGUUUGUUUCUAUAUGUCAGCUCUGCAAUGAACUGGCGACUUGUUCAGGGUGUCCCCUGCUUUCGCCCAAAGAUGCUGGGAUAGGCUCCUGCCCCCUUGCGACCCCAGAUACAGAAAUAAGCGGUAGAAAAUAAAUAGAUGGAUGGAUGGUCCUCUAAGCUAAAAUGGUGGACUUUAAUGUUAGGUUUUUGACCUCAUGUUGUAGUUCAUAGAAACCACAAUUGAUGUAUCACAAAUGAUCUUUUUUGGUCUGAACACAAUUCUCAUAAAACUUAUGACAGACUAAAUUCACUUUUGAGAGUAAAUGUCUAACCCCUUUACUCAUGUGCUUCUAACCUUCACAGACUCCAUGAAUUGAUGCCCAUCUCCUAAAUAUUUGGUCACAUGAUCAAUUUCUUUUACCAUUUCUAAGCAACAGGGGUUGGCUCAACUUACCCUUUGGCUCAACGUACCCCACUCUCCCCUACCUGUUGGCAUAGUGAUAACAAUACACACUAGUUUCCUUUGCAAACAAAAUGAGAUUACUUUUUGCCUGUACACUCAUUGAAAAAGUUGUGAAUGUAACUUUUAUUAUUUUUAUUCUUUGACAGGAUUUAGUCUGUCCUACAUGUGACUCCGGCUUCAUUGAAGAGGUAGCAGCAGACUCCAGGUACACAGCAGCUUUGGUGUUAAUAAUACCAUAAUUUUGAGAGUAUUUAGAAGUAUGUCAAAGCAUGAUAAUACGUAAGAGACAGUUCCAGGCUUAUGCACAGUUGUGAUGAUUUUUCUAAUACACUGUACAGUCUUCUGCAGGACAGUCCGCCAGCCUCCGGUGACGAUUCAAACUCGUUGCUCUCAGAAGUAUGUCCUUGAAAAUGGAGUUUUGAUAUAAACACUCGUCUUUCUCAGAGUGUGGUUUAACAUGUUUUUUUCUCCGGUCCUCAAAGUUAUGGCAGCUGCUGUUUAUGGAGCGCUCAGAUCUGCUGUCACAUCCGCCCUCCUCAGAGUCAGACGACAGCGAGCAGAUAUCUACGGGUCAGAGCUGUCCGUCUCCAACAACACCCCAAGCUGCUGAGGCCGGAGAACCAGAGAAUUCCCCCCUGCCUGAGCAGGAGAGGUCAUCCAGGCCUGAACAGUGGCCUGCAGUGGAAGGGUGUGUGGACACGGUACUCAAAAAAACAUCACUUAUUUAGACAUUUCUGACGCAGAGUGCAUGGAGAUAAACAAUGGGCACAUUCACUAACAUCCAUCUAGAUACCAUUUGAAAAUAUGAACAUGGUUUUAAGUUGCACAAAUAGAGAUCUUUAACUUCAUGGUGAACAUCAAUCAGUUGAUUAUCAGUACUGCUCAUCCUGUACCGAGCUGCCGAGGGCUGAACCCAGGGUGCAGUCUGACUUAAAUAUUUUUCUUCUGUGUUGAAAAUCUUUUCAUUUCUUAACACAGUUACUCUGGGUUAACAGGACAGGACAUAUAAACACCAGGCUCAUGUAAAAGUUUACUAGGAGAGGACAACAGGUUAGUUAGAUUGAGUCUCUUUCAAACAUGACUGCCUAGUUGGUGCAUCAGUUUCACUCAGUCGGUACAGCAGAUACAAAGGCCUCAGUCUUUGUCACACUGGUUGUAAGAUUAAUUCCCAGUCUGGUGUGGUGUAUUCCCUCCCCAUCCCAGAUCUCCUGUUUCUCUUACAAGCUCAAGACCUCCAUAAAUGUCUGAGUAUUGUCAAUACCUCCAUAGAUAUCAAAUAUCAAUCAAAUCUUUUAUGAAGAAAAGCUGAAGUAAUUGCUGUAACUUUUUUUCCAGAUACUACCCUCAACCAUCAGGACAAAGUGUUUCAUGUCAUUUCAAGUCUGGGGUCGAUGAGUAAUAUCAGGACUAAACCAAAACUGAUCAGCGUUACUGUUAUUGUCUUUUAACAGGCUAAUUUACCACUUUUUAAUUAAAUUAUCUUUUCAUUCUGAAGAGAUUAUUCCAACUUGAAAUUCUUCAUGACCUCAUAAUGAGGUUUUACAGUUGUUGUGUGACACUGUAUUUCCAUCAAGUUGGCACAUUGAAUAUGUAGAUCUUGAGGUUAUUAGUCAUAGCGUUCUACCCUCUCUGUCUCAGUAUUGCAGCCACUCCCGGCCUUUUCAGUAACUUUUUACUUUUACUCACUAGAACAACAUGCCUCAUUUGAUAAACGGACUGUUUUCAUCUAAAUCAUGGAGGCAUGGCUCAAAUUUAACAAGCUCAAUAUGUGGUUAUAAAAGCACACUGAUGCAGACAUCUGCUUUGUUUUCUCUUUUCUUCUUGUUCUCCUUUCAAAGAAUCGUGCAGCAGUUUUUAUCCGGCCUGUUUGCAAACAACGGAAACCCCGGUGCUGCACCAGCUACACUGUAAAGACCUUUCACUUCUAAAGAUUUGCAUCGUUUACUUUUGAUUUCAUAUGAGUCAGCUUUACUCACUCUUCUUCUCCCUCUCUCUCUGCCACUCUCCUCUUUGUUUUUCUACUAUAGGUCCAGCAUGCUACAGCUUUAUGGAAACCCUGGAGAUUAUGCGUGGGGUCAGGGAGGUCUAGACACUGUCAUCACAGAGGUCAGUUACAAUGAUUUGUGAGCAAUACAUGUCUCCACUAUCAGCUUCAGUGUGGUGUCUUCUUCUCUUCUUCCUCUUAGCCUCUUACAGUUAAACACAAACUAUAACCGUACUUAUACAUCUCCUUUUCAGUCCUUAUACCCAUAUUGUUCUUCUUAGUAAAAUGCUGUUGUUUUACUGCCUCUUUUUUCUGCUAUCCUUUAAUACUUAACACUGACUGUGUCCUCGUCUCUCUCUCAGUUGUUAGGACAGUUGGAGAACUCGGGUCCUCCCCCUGCAGAGAAGGACAUGAUCUCAUCCCUGCCUACAGUUUGCAUCUCUCAAGAACAAACAGGUAAUGAUGAACCUCAAAAACCACAUUAGACAUCGUUUGACUAAUUUGGCUUUUUGAUAUUGUGUUUUCACUUAAUCAUUAACCUCAACACCCACUUCUUUUUAUACCACACUUCUCUUAUCACUCCUACCUUUUCUUUACUUCUCUUAUUGCCUUUUCUCCUUCGUUUAUACUAUUUUACCUCCACUAUGUUUUCCUUUUUCCUGUUAUGGGGUCCCCCUUCUCUCACCUUUGCUUUCUUCUCUCACAAAGAGGUGCUUGAGCACAAAGCCAGGACAGGUAUCACUUGCACCUGUAAACCUCUGAAAAGUUUUAUCCAAGGUUUAUCAUGCUUCAGACUCUCAGUAAUGAGUAAAAAGUCUUUUGCCUUCACAGGGGCAAGAACUCUUUUUAUGACAGUGCUUUCUGUAUCUACCUCUCAUACCAUCUGGUUUGUCUUUGUGCGUCAGAGUGCAGACAGGAGUGUCCGGUGUGUAGGGAGGAGUACUCAUCAGGGGAAUCUGUUAGGAAACUACCCUGCCUUCAUAUCUUCCACAAUGAAUGUAUAGUGCCUUGGCUGGAGCUGGUAAGGAUGAUGAGUGGAUGUGGACGAAGGUUGUUGGCCUUUUGGAUUUGCUGUUGCUGUUUCCUGAAGCUGCACUUUAGAUGCUAAGCUCUUUAACAUGGAGAUAAAUUUGUUGUCUUUCCUUGUCACAGCACGAUACCUGCCCUGUUUGCCGCAAAAGCCUUAACGGUGUUGACAACAGUCUCCCGCCCACGUCAGAACCCCCAGACAUUCGCUCCAUCCAGACACAGCAACAGGAGAGACAGGCGGACUGACAAAUGGGCCAAUAACUCUACCUCCUUGAAGAGACACAGAGACUGCUUUGAAAUCAAACACAUCACACGCCUUGAUCCUCAUCUGCAGCUUCAACUUUGACUUGAUUCCCUGCUAUGCAGCUAUUAUGUUUACUGCAACAUCUUAAUUUAAAGUUUCUCCUCACACUCUAAAUGAGCUUGACAAGGUGAAGGUGAUGUGUCCUUGCUACAUGUCGCUCUGAGGCUGAUUUCUGAAUGAUAGACUUUGAUGUCAUGAACUAAUCCCCACUCAACUCAACUUAGUUUACAAAGAGAUGGGAAUACACAGAGUUAUGAAGUAACACUUUCCAAUGAAGGUUCUUGGUGUAACAAUUUCUUGAUGCAAUUUAUUUUUAUCUGUUACAGAGUUGAUCUUCUCUCCACUGAAAGCUGUUAUUAAAGCCUAACCCUGUGAUCCACAA